GUGGCGGCGGCGACAGCGAAGCGCUGAAUAACGGACACGAACAGCGUCCCAGUGUCAAAGGCCAGGAGCCCCGCUUUCAGGCGCAGAAACUCGGCUUGCAUUGACAUUGCACUCUGCAUGGCACCAAAUGAGUUUGGAGGGGUAAUUGGCUAAGAUGAACAUUUACUCUGAAACUUGAUAUAUGUGAACAGAAAACAGUCCAGAUGAUUGCCUGCCAGCUCAGGCCACAUCAUGAUGUGAUGUGAUCUGCUGUGAUGAGAGAAAUGGAGGACAAAGGCCUUCGUGUUGUAGACUACUUUGUUGUGGCUGGGUUGACUGAUUCAUCCAAACCACUUGAAGAGGAGAUUCACUUUAAUGAUGAAUGUCACAAGAUUGCAAAGCCCAAAGCCCCAAUCACUGAUGUUGCAGUCAUCAUCAGAUCUCUGGGAGAGGAGGUUCCAGAAGGCUACACCUGUGUGAAUACUACUCCAAGUGGCCUCUCUGCUGACCUGAACAAUGGGAGUCUGAUGGCACCACAAAUCUUUCUCUGCUACAAAAGGGGACGGGACAAGCCUCCAUUAACAGACUUGGGGGUUCUGUUUGAGUGGAAGGAACGACUCAAGCAGGGCUGUCAAAUUAUUCAAACAACACCAUACGGUCGCCCAGCCAACAUCAGCAGUACAUCAUCACAAAGGAUUUACAUUACGUAUCGCAGAGCCCAAGAUGGCAUGCCACACACAUCUUUGGCAGUGACAGAUAUCUGCCUAAUCAUUCCAAGUAAGGGAGAGUGCCCCCCUCACACCUUCUGCAAAGUAGACAAGAACCUAAAUAGCAGCAUGUGGGGCUCCGGUGUUUUCCUAUGCUACAAAAAAUCAUUGGCUAAGACCAACACAAUAGCAUACAAGGCAGGAUUGAUCUGUAGAUAUCCUGAAAAGGACUAUGAAUCCUUCCCACUUCCUGACUCAGUGCCCUUAUUCUGCUUGCCCAUGGGUGCAACCAUUGAGUGCUGGUCUUCACAGAACAAGUACCCAAUGCCUAUCUUCUCUACCUUUGUCCUGACAGGGUCUUCAGGAGAAAAGGUUUAUGGUGCUGCUGUCCAGUUCUAUGAGCCCUACUCACCUGAGAACUUGAAUGAAAAACAGCUGUUCCACCUAGGAAUUUCCUGCUCUGCUGAUGGCAAGCUCACUUCACCUGAAGGUGUCCACACCAACAAAUGCAUCUGCCUACUCUCUCACUGGCCCUUUUUUGAUGCAUUUCGGAAAUUCCUUACAUUCCUGUACCGCUACUCAAUCUCUGGUCCUCAUGUCCUUCCCAUCGAGAAACAUAUUUCACACUUCAUGCAUAAGGCGCCGUUCCCAUCCUCCCAAAGGCCUCGUAUUUUGGUUCAGCUCUCGCCACAUGACAAUCUCAUUUUGAGCCACCCCAUUUCCUCUCCCCUUCCUCUUCACGGAGGGAGAUUCACAACACUGCUUCAGAAUCUCGGUCCUGAGAAUGCUGUCACCCUGCUGUUGUGCGCAGUUACUGAGCACAAGAUCCUUGUUCAUUCACUUCGACCUGCUGUGCUGACCAGUGUAGCAGAGGCACUGGUUUCUAUGAUUUUUCCUUUCCACUGGCCUUGCCCAUACAUCCCUCUAUGCCCAUUGUCUCUGGCUGAUGUUCUGAGUGCUCCAUGCCCAUUCAUCGUUGGUGUGGAUUCCAGAUACUUUGAUCUGUUUCUACCACCUCCGGAUGUGACAUGUGUGGACCUGGACACCAACUCUAUCUCUCAGAUGGAUGAUAAGAGAGCUCUGACCUGGAAGAUGUUGCCAAAGAAGGCCUGUAAAAACCUAAUGAAUUCUCUGAGUAGCCUAUACCAGCACUUGGCACAGUCUCAAUUGAGACCAAGGGAAGAUGGCCUGCUAGAUUUCUCUAUCAGUGAAUGUGAUCUGGGUGCCGGGAAAAGUUUGCAGAAUCUGGAAAUAGAGAUCCAGGAAGCAUUCCUUCGCUUCAUGGCUUCCAUCUUAAAAGGUUACAGAAGCUUCCUCCGACCCAUUACACAAGCACCCUCAGAGAAGGCUACAGAUGCCAGCUCUCUCUUUGAUUUACAAGGUUUCCUGAGAAGCAGAGACCGCUCUCACCAGAGGUUCUAUUCUUUGAUGACCAAGACACAGAUGUUCAUUCGGUUCAUUGAGGAGUGUUCCUUUGUCAGUGACAAAGAUGCCAGCCUGGCAUUCUUUGACGACUGUGUGGAUAAAGUGGACGCGGACAGACUGGAGGAGAUAAGACUCAUAGAACUUGAUGAGUCCCAGCGCAGUGAACAUACAGUGUUCAUCACACCUCCCGAGUUGCCUCCUCUGUCGGACAGUGAAGAGUACCCGCUGAAGUACAGCUACACUGGCUUUCCUGUGCUGAGCCCAGAACUCUUUGAUCGACCUGCAGUCUUCCUGAAGGCCCCAUCUAACCGGCUAACAUCAAAGCAGAAUUGUCCAACCAGCCCUGCACCCAUGUUCAGGAGGACUAAGCAGGAAAUUCGAUCAGCCCAUAAAAUGGCCAGGAAGUAUUCAUCCAUUCCUCAGAUGUGGCCGAAGUGCUUGCUGCGUCACUGCUAUGGUCUGUGGUUCAUCUGUCUGCCUGCUUACGUGAAAGUCUGCCACUCAAAAGUCCGUGCACUUCGGACAGCCUAUGAUGUCUUGCGGAAGAUGCAGGUCAAGAAAUUGGAGCCUCCUGACGAAGUCUGCUAUAGAGUUCUCAUGCAGCUAUGUGGACAGUAUGGUCAGCCAGUUCUAGCAGUCCGUGUUCUCUUUGAAAUGAAAAAAGCUGGGGUCCAGCCCAAUGCAAUUACCUAUGGUUACUACAAUAAGGCUGUCCUGGAAAGCACUUGGCCUUCAAGCACAAGAGGUGGUUAUUUCCUGUGGAUGAAGGUUAGAAAUGUAAUCCUGGCGGUCACUCAGUUUCGAAGAGCUUUAAAGAAGCAGCCACCUGUUAGUCAACUUCAGACACCAUUAUCAGCAGAUGGCAGCGACCUGGAUGCGGUCAGCCACGGCAGCUUGGAUAGCUCUAAUGACACUAAUAUGAUGGAGCAAUCAGCAUUCUCAGCCGAUUUAAUCAAAGUAGACCCAGCUGAUGAUAGAUCUAGCACAGGAGGACUGUCAGACCUUGGCUACAACUCCCUGUCCAAAGAAGAGGUGAGGCAAAAUGAUGUAUUGGUCCAGGAUAGACAAGUUAAGGAGGAAAAGAAAGACAGUGACUCCAGCUCAUUAUCAGACAGUGAAAGUGCAAAGGACAUCAGUGAGGGGCUAAUCCAGUUGGACUUCCAUGAAGUGGAUUGUACUGAAAGACCAGCUGGUGGUAUUGUUAGAGGGAGCUGUAAACCUGAGGCUGCUACCACCGAGCUGACACAUGCUGGCACUGGUUGCAUCUCAAGUCUUCACUUCACUACCUCCUUAGAUGAUAUUGGACUUGUGGAAAGCAGCUGCCUGAGGAGGAGACACCGGAGUGCUGUGGAACCCAGUAACAACAAGGACAGUGAUGGCUGGGUGCUACAAAGUCGGCAACUCAGCAGUAGCGCUGCCAUCCUAGCUUCAGACUUAGAUUUAAACACUGUGGGGGAUGGUAUCCAUGUUCAGCCCAAAGCUCCACAAAGACCAAGGACCCUCGAGAUUGGCAACUGCACACAUGGAACUCUACCUUGCAGCAGAAAUGGAAUGGAGAAAGAUUCAAGCGAUGAAGAAACUUCCUCUGAGGCUGACAAGGUUGACUCGCCAGCCAUUUUUGACUUGGAGGACCUGGACAAUGAGCCAGAGAAGCCUGGUGCUGUGUUGCUUUCAAGUAAAACUCUUCCACGGGCUCCCGGGUUUGUGAAACGGACUGGCAUAGAAGUGGGCUUUGACCCCCUUUCCUUAUUUGCUGCUGAAACAGAGCAGCAGAGGAUGGAAGAAGAAGAAGUGAGCAGCCUUUCAACUCCAUCUGCACGUCGAGAACUAGCAGAGGAGAUUGAGAUGUACAUGAAUAAUAUGAGUAGUCCACUGAACAGUCGUGCACCCAGCAUAGACUUGCAAAAGGCCCGGGAUGAGGAGGUGGGCAGUAUCAAGAAUGGAGUCCGUAGGUGCAGCCUCCCACCAAGCUCUCCUAGUGCCACAGGUUUAGAAAACAAACAUAGAGAUCGACUGUGGUCAACGCCUUCUCCACUCCAUGACCCACCUUUAGGGCCACUAGCUGCUGUUUCCCUGGAGUCUCCCUCUUCCUUAAUGCUGGAUACUUUGCUUACUCCCACUUUUGACGUCUUAAAGAGCAGCAUGCUUUCAGCCGGGAAGGAGGUAGCAGAAAAGGCUAGCAAGUGGUACUCUAAAUUAACCACUUAUGCUUCCCCGUCCAAAGACCCAAACUAUGAAUGGACAAAUGUGUCAAAUGCUGCCAUUCUCGGUACAGAGCCUUCUUCAGUGUUGCAUGGCAAGCCCUUAAAUGAGAAUGAAGACCUUAUAAAAUCCACAGGCUGUGAAGCUGAUAAGGUGGCUCAGAAUAGACCUGACAUAGAGAACUCAGAAUUCCAGGGCAGCACUUCCAAGGCUGCAUAUCAUCAUUCUGUUUUUGGACCACAUGGAGGAUCGAGUUUUCCUCUUCCUGAGAAGUCUGAACUGGCAUCAUCACACUGCACCAGUAACACCAGCAUCUUUCAGAACUAUGCGAUGGAGGUUCUCAUUUCUAGCUGCUCACGUUGUAGAACAUGUGAAUGUUUGGUGUAUGAUGAAGAGAUCAUGGCAGGAUGGACAGCAGACGAUUCCAACCUUAAUACAACAUGUCCUUUCUGUGGCAACCCUUUUCUGCCCUUUCUGAGCAUUGAGAUCCGGGAUCUCAGGGGGCCUGGCAGGUAUUUCCUGAAACACAGUCCGUCUAUGGAGGGUGUGUCGUCUUCAAACUCUACAGGAUCAUUUUUGUCUCCUCCUCAUAUGGGAAGGGCUAAGUCCCCUCAGAUCACAGUUCAGCACUGCAAGAACCCCAGCAGCACUGAAUCUGCUGGCCUUUGCUCUGUCCACUGCAUCAGUGUACCUGCAGAAAAAAAAGUGAGCAGCAGUGACCACAUGCCUCGGAGCAUUAGUACUUUUGACCCUCUGUGGGAGAGUACCACAUUACAGAAGCACUUGCCUGCCAUCCCUACAGGGAGCCUACCUUCCAAGCUGGGUGACCCAUUGGAUCCUCUGAGUCUAGAGUGGCGUCUGCACAACCCAGAUCCUAUUACUGUCCCCUACCUCAGCCCACUUGUUUUAUGGAAGGAGCUUGAAAGUUUGCUUGAGAAUGAAGGAGACCAGGUUCUCAGCAUUUCUGAUUUUGUUGACCAUCAUCCCAUUGUCUUCUGGAAUCUUGUCUGGCAUUUCCGUCGGCUUGAUUUGCCUAGCAACCUCCCCGGCCUCAUUCUAUCUUCUGAUCACUGCAAUCGAGAUACCAAGGUUCCUCGAAGCUGGAUGCUGGAGGACAGCAAGUAUGUUCUUAUUCAGAUGCUGUGGGACAAUCUCAAGCUGCAUCAGGAUCCAGGACCACCGCUCUAUAUUCUGUGGAAUACACAGAGUCUUAAUUGCACACUUUUGUUUGAUAGUACUGUGCCUCCUGUUCGGACCCCCAUGUCUGCUAGUGAGGAACCGUUCGGUGAGGCUUUUCUGCACAGUGUGGUAAGAAGCAUCCAGAUGAAUGAUGUCUAUCAGCCUAUGAGCCAGGUCCUGGAUAUUCUUGGAGUUAAGCUUGGUGUCAGACGACAGAGAAGUUUAUAUAGAGAGAUCCUCUUCUUGUCCCUGGUGGCUCUUGGAAAGGAUAACAUUGACAUUGAUGCCUUUGACAGAGAGUACAAGAUGGCGUAUGACCGGCUGACACCAGUCCAGGUGAAGUUCAGUCAGAACUGUGACAGGCCACCCAGCACUGGUGUCAUGGAGUGCCGCAAGACUUUUGGAGAACCUUACCUGUGAAGCUGGUCUCAAGUCAGAAAGUGCUUGUUGUGUGGUCAUCUCCCAGUGAUGAGCGCUAAUGCGCUACCCAAGAGGUGCAAGUCAGUUCAGAGACUGUGUACAUACUGGACUUAGGAGUCCACAGUUGGUGCGGUCUCACACCUCGAUUAUUCCCAUUACCUUCCUUUCAGGAAGUUCUGAGACCUAGUUGCUCUGACUCUUUAUACCCUGACGAUCAAAGAGUCAUGUAGUUGGCAGAGAUCAAGUUGUGUGAAUCCUUCCUGAUCAGACCGUCAUAGGGUGUCUUCUGGCCUUGUCAACGCCUCCCAGUUAUUCCAGUAUCUACUGGCCAUGUGUACUGCAUUCUGCAAGACAAAUGUUGGAGUUUGUUGACUUUGUGAACCUUACAUUUCCGAGGCUGCUGCUGGUGCAAAUACCUACUAGUACGUCCAGCAUACGGUAAAUAGCCUUGUCCCUUUAUGAAAUUUGAAAUUCUUUCAGUCAGAAAAGUGCCCUCGGCCCAAGUGAACACUUCUCAGUCCAAAUACCUGAUGGUAUGAUUCACUGUCAGUUUGCUACUUAAGAAUGAUGAAUAGCUUAUUUUCUUUAACACGUGAACCUGUUAAAGUGAGCUCAGUGCAGGUCAUAUUGCAAUGUGACUUCGUUUGGUCAUCACUGCAAGCUGGUAAGAGGAAUUACAGGAGCCUGGGUGACCACCUGUUUGGUACCUGUAGCCGAUGUUUGGAAAGCAAUACACAAAGCUCAAAGUUUGAACUUAACAGACGUUGAUCCAAUAUGUGCUACCUGGGGCAUCACUAAAACCGUUUAGGGGUUUCUUGACAGAAAACCUCCCACCAUCCUCUUCCUUUCCCUUGUGGAUGGGGCUCUGUGUAGACCUCUGAAUCCCAAGAUGUACAUUCAUCCGUGGUCAUUGCUGCCCUGGAUGUCUUAGCAGACAUCUUAGCCAGUGAGCCGCCAGUACCUCAGCUCACUCUCUGAGGCCAGUGAUUUGGUUAAUUUUGCUGUAGAUAUCACUGCUGCCCCAGAUAUCCCAGCAAACCUUUCUAUCAGAAUGGUAAGUCAAUCAAUACUGCAAACACCAUCUUGGUGGACCCUUCACUGAAGCCAGUAAGUGGGUCACUGCUGCUCCACAUACCUCGGAAGACUGUAGUGAUCUAGUCAGUUCUGCCCAGGAAUCUCAGCAGAGUCCCUCCUUCCGUCCUCUGGCUAUCCCAAAUAUUGUACAAGGCUCACGGUCCCCCCUUCCUUAUCAGUAAACUUUUGUCAGUUAGCGUCAAUGCUGGUGCUGGCCCAGGUGCAUAUGAAGCCUGAUUGAAAACAACACCCUUCUGUACCCCUCCGAGUUGUGGCACUAGCGACGCUCUCCUUAUGCUGCUUCCUUAAUCCCAAUUUCUAUAAACCGUUCAGAAGCUGAGCUUCCCAGAUGUCUAUAAGGCUGUGGGUUGUAGAGCUGGCCACCUCUGCAGCCCAUGCUGGAGCUCUUUUUCCAACUUUAUGGACAGUGUGGUCACUCUUGCAUGGUGAGCUGUGUAGCUUUGUGAAUAAAGCCGCUGUGUCUGGUGUAUGUGCGAGUCUGUAUAGAGACAUGUCAGUUCUGGCCAAUUAAAGAAUGCUUUCUUUA